UUUGGACGCCAUUCAAGGCAUAAGAUGAUUGCCUUUGUUAAGGUUCAGCUCGUGCUUCUUUCCUGUGUGUUAUGUACCGGGAUAUAUCUCAAGCACUUUACAGAUUGUGGAGGCCACGGAACCAUACAUUCGAUUCUGCUUGAGCCUUGUGAUAGUGAGCCAUGUCACAUUUUUGAAGACACCACUUACCAUGGAACUGUCAACUUCACUGCAGGUUUCAACAGUCAGACCGCACUCAACAAGGCUACAGCAGAAAUUGCAAAUGCAUGGGGUCCUUUCCAUGUGACACCAGAAGACGCAUGUGGGCACGGAAUCAUAUGUCCAGUCGUGAAGGGAGAAACUUACACCUACACUGCUGAUGCUGUACCAAAAAAUUUCAAUUCAUCCAUAAGAACCGUUGCAAAGUGGAUGGUUGUUGGUGACAAUAACGAAUACUUGAUAUGCUGGGAUUUUCCUGUAUUUCUCAAUGUUUAAUACAAAAAGAAAAAUUGUCA